AUGGGUGGCACAGUUCUAAUCACCGGAGCCAAUGGUACAUUAGGCCUUGAGUUCAUUCGGGCCCUGCUUGAAUCAUACCCCCAGUACACGGUCGUCGGAAGCGUUCGAAAUCCCUCAACAGAGUCUGACCCGAACACAGCCAACCUUGGGCGAAUAAUCAAAGAACACCCAGGAGCCAAGGUGCACAUCCAGGCACUAGACCUCGGCAAGCUAGCAGAAGUGCGCAGUUUCACAGAUCAACUAUCAGCCCAGAUCGAUCAAGGACAGCUUCCACCACUCUCGGCCAUAGUAUGCAAUGCCGCUGCCUGGUCCCUGGAGUCCGGGUUGAAGUUGACGUCAGACGGACUUGAAGCAACUUUCCAGGUCGCUCACUUAUCGCAUUAUCUCUUGGUCCUGAAGCUACUAGGGAGUAUGGACCUAAAAUCUGCCCGUGUUGUUAUGCUAGGUUCAAUCACACACUACCCUGAAAAGGCAAACCCCAUGUCAGCCUUUCGACCUGAGAUCCCUGAAGAUAUCGAGAUCCUUGCGAGGCCGAAGCCGGAUCAGCCAGGAGAAGCACAAGAUAGAGGAUAUCAGCGGUACGGGACCGCCAAGCUUUGCAAUGUGACGUUCAUGCAUGACUUGAACAAGAGACUUCUAGCGAAUCCGCAUCUAUCAUCUUUGACAGCAGUUGCAAUGGAUCCAGGCGGUCUCGCUGCAUCCAGAGCUCAAGCCGAACAGAAAAAGACUGUCAGGAGAAUCAUGGCUGUCGUGAACUUCUGCAUGCCCCUUUUGAAGCACCUUACCCAAACAUUUAGACCCACUGCAGAUGCGGCACGGGACCUUGUCGAAGUCAGUGUUGGAGCGGAGUUUGUUGGAAAGCGAGGGUACUAUGUUGGCCGCAAAGCAGGUGAUUCUGCUGCAAUGAGCAGAGAUCCUGAAGUUCAGACUAGACUAUGGAAUGCUUGCUGGAAGUGGUCCGGUCUCGAGUCCGAUGAAACAGUCUUCUAG